GUGAUAUGUAGUGGAAAAUAUAAUUGAAGUGCUGAAACUUUUGUAUUUCACACGUAUAUCUAUUUCAGAUAUCGCUCUUCGCGCUGCAGUAAAGUGGGCAUAACACUCUACAACUAUAGGGAAGUGACAGGAUGAUGGGAACUCUGAAAGAAGGCCGUGAUGAUGGGCUAUAAGCAAUCUUCUUAUGACCUAAUGGUAAUGGGGUGGCUCUGCAAUUGAAGUGACUAUGGCAUUGCUUCGAAGGUGGUGGGGCUCUCUGUAAUGUUCUUAUGGCCUAAUGGGAUCAAUCGUUCUUCCAUCAGGAUUCUUUAUUUAGUGAAUACCUUUCGUAUAAAGCGAACUUAAGCAAAAGAAAUAAUCCUUCUGACACAAUCUUAGGAGGCAGAAAUGGCCAAAGCUGUUCCUCUUGCUAUUCUCAAAGUAUUGAUGAUCCUACUAUUUGCUGGUUGGGUUGCUAUUUGGAUUCUAAAGCCUACUAAUCUAUGGACAAGAAAAUGGAAAGAAGCUGAAGAUAGCGCUAGGUCUACCGUGUUUGGCUAUUAUGGUCUUGACUUUGCUGUGUACACGUUCCCUAUAAUUGCUCUGGCUAUAACUGGGCUCGUUUACUUGAGUUUUCUGUCCAAGGAGCCAGUAACAAGAAGACAAGCAAGGAUUCCAACAAGUGGCAUCUCAAAUCCUGUGAUAGUAAACAGUUUUGUGGGUGUCUUGUCUACCUUAGAAAUCUUGGUUGUGCUCUUCUUCAUCCUCUUUUUAGCAUGGACAUAUUAUGUCCGCAUCGCUAAUGACUUUAAGAAGUUGAUGCCUGCGAAAUCACUGAACUUGAAUUUAUGGCAACUCAAGUAUCUUAGAGUGGCAACUCGAUUUGGUCUGCUAGCAGAAGCCUGCCUGGCUUUGCUGCUUCUGCCUAUCUUGAGAGGCUUGGCCUUAUUUCAGUUAUUUGGUAUCCAAUUUGAAGCUACUGUAAGAUACCAUGUCUGGCUUGGGACUUCAAUGAUAUUUUUUGCCACUCUUCAUGGUGCAAGCACCUUGUUUAUCUGGGGUGUCAGCCAUCACAUUCAAGACGAGGUCAGGAGGUGGCAGAAAACAGGACGGAUAUACUUGGCUGGGGAGAUGGCUCUUGUUGCUGGACUAGCAAUCUGGAUCACUUCACUUCCUCAAAUAAGGAGGAAAAGAUUUGAAAUCUUCUAUUACACGCAUCACCUCUAUGUAGUGUUCCUAAUAUUCUUCUUGUUUCAUGCUGGAGACCGUCACUUCUAUAUGGUUUUUCCUGGAAUUUUUCUCUUUGGUCUCGACAAGCUACUUCGAAUCGUGCAAUCAAAACCAGACACUUGCAUUCUUUCUGCAAGAUUAUUUCCAAAUAAAGCUGUCGAACUCAUUCUGCCAAAGGAUCCAAGCUUGAAGUAUACUCCAACAAGUGUGAUACAUAUGAAGAUACCAAGCAUAUCAAAAUUUCAGUGGCAUUCCUUCAGUAUAACUUCUAGUUCAAACAUCGAUGAACGAACUAUUUCUCUCAUAAUAAGAGGCACGGGAGGCUGGACAAGCUCUUUAUAUAACAUGAUACAAGCAGAAUUGGAUUCAAAUGCUGACCAGAUGAGUUGCAUACCUACUGCUAUUCAAGGCCCUUAUGGACCCGCCUCAGUAGACUUCCUUAGGUAUGACAGUCUACUUCUGAUAGCAGGCGGAAUUGGGAUAACCCCAUUUCUAAGCAUCUUAAAGGAAAUUGCUUCUCUGCAAAGAAGCAGCAGAUCAUAUAGAUUGCCCGAACAAAUUCAACUUAUCCAUGUGAUAAAGAACUCGCAGGACAUUUGUCUGUUGAACUCAAUUUCUCCUCUCCUUCUCAACCAGUCAUCAAAGCAACUGAGGCUGAAGCUGAAGGUAUUUGUGACCCAAGAACAGAAGAAUAAUGCAACAUUGAGGGAAUUAUUGAAUGAUUUAUCUCUUGUACAAACAGUUAACUUCAGCACUAAAUGCUCGAAUUAUGCAAUACAUGGACUAGAAACUCCACUCUGGAUGGCUGCCAUAACCGCAUUGACUUCCAUUGUAUUCCUUGUUUUCCUUAUGUGUUUUAACCACUUGUUUGAUCCAAUUGAAAAGAAAAGUGCUGCAUCCGUAAAGAUGGCUGUUCGUCCCGAAAAGAAGGUUGCUAAAGAAAAGACUCCAUCGUCAAUUGUGGAUAUACUUCUUCUGUCUUCUUUUAUCAUUGCUGUAACAUGCAGCACUUUUAUUGCAAUCAUUUUGAGGUGGAAAAGACUCAAGAAAGAUAUUCCAUCUGUCUCCCAAAGACAAGGCAUAUUUUUGGAACCAAGUUCAAUGGAGUUAAGGGGUUCUCGUGAGGAACAAGAAAUCCAUUUCGGAGGAAGGCCUAAUUUCCAAGAUAUUUUCUCCAAGUUUACAAAUGAAACUGUUGGAUCUGACGUUGGAGUGUUAGUUUGUGGACCUGAAACUAUGAAAGAAUCAGUAGCAUCAUUUUGCCAUCUGAAAUCUCAAGGUUUUAAUGUUGGUGCUGAGAAAAAGAAACCAUACUUCAGUUUCCAUUCCCUCAGCUUCUCACUUUAGUCUCAAGAUUGCCAAUAUGAAUCAUUAACAUACAAGAAGUUUUAAACAAUAAUGGGCUCUGAGCUUCUGCUUCUAUAAUGUACACAUUGUAUGGUAGCAUUAUUCUGAAAUUAGAAUGAAAGGGUUUCUGCUUUUAGCUUUUGUAAACUACCCAAACUUUUAUUAGUUAGUGGGUUUCUGUCAAAAUACUUGCAAGAUUUGGUUACUGAAGUAUGAAUUUAUUACACAUA